AUGGAGCUGGGCCUCUUCCUCGGCGUCGCGCUGGCGCUCCUGAGCCUGCUCUGCAUCCCACUGCCGCUGGUGGUGCUCAUCCUCGUGACGCUGGUGAUGUUCCCGAUGCUCGCCGGCCCGUCGUGCAUGCCGCUGCCGCUGGUGGCGCUCAACCUCGUGAUGUUCUUGUUUCGCGAGCCGCCGCUGCUGGCGGCGCCCGACCUCGUGCUGCUGGCGAUGUCCGCGCUGCUCUCCGUCCACUUGUCCGCGAAUGGCAUCGAGCUCCACGGCGCAAGACGCUACUCCAGAAUAGGCCGCUCAUACGCUGCUUCGACGCGUGGCUCGACCUUGUGGAGUGCGACCUGA